UGGGCGGGACAGCUGAUCCUUCAGCUAUGGAACAGUAAAGGAACCGAUCUUUUAGGAAGAUAUUUUAGAAAAUACAGGAGAGAAAAGGCAGAAACGGCAAGAUCGAGAUUUAUUGAGCACCAGCAGCCGAAGCAGGAGCAUUAGCCUACCUGCAGCUAUGUCUGUGGAAAACUCCACAGAAGAGACAAUGGAUUCAACUUCAGCUCCAGACCCAAACUCAAGCCCGCCAGAGGUACCAGAACAGGUCCCGGCUCCAGAUCCGACCUCGGAGGUCCCUGAGCUCAACCCACAGCCUAACCCACAGCCACCUGAGGAACCGGCUGUAGAAGCUCCCCUGGCCCCUGCACCUCCACGAGAUGCAAACUCCGCCUACAAGAUCAUGACUUUCAGACCAACAAUGGAGGAGUUCCAGGACUUCGCCAAGUAUAUUGCAUACAUGGAGACCCAGGGAGCUCACCGCGCUGGACUCGCCAAGGUGAUCCCACCUAAAGAAUGGAAACCCAGGCAAUCGUAUGAGACGAUUGAGGAUAUGGUAAUUCCAGCCCCCAUCAUGCAGGUGGUCACUGGCCAGUCUGGUCUUUUCACUCAAUACAACAUCCAGAAGAAGUCUAUGACUGUUGGAGAAUACAAAAAACUGGCCAACAGCAAAAAGUACUGCACUCCUCAGCACAAAGACUUUGAUGACCUGGAGAGAAAGUACUGGAAGAAUCUGACAUUUGUGUCUCCUAUCUAUGGUGCAGACAUCAGUGGAUCCCUCUAUGAUCAGGGCAUUCCAGAGUGGAAUAUCAGCCAUUUGAACACACUCCUGGACAUGGUGGAACAGGAGUGCGGCAUUGUCAUUGAGGGGGUAAAUACACCCUAUCUGUACUUUGGAAUGUGGAAGACCACCUUCGCCUGGCACACAGAGGAUAUGGACCUCUACAGUGUCAACUAUCUUCACUUUGGCCAGCCCAAGUCCUGGUAUGCCAUUCCUCCCGAACAUGGAAAGAGGCUGGAGAGGCUCGCACAAGGGUUUUUCCCAGGCAGCUCUCAGGGCUGUGAUGCUUUUCUUCGUCACAAGAUGACUCUCAUCUCUCCCUCCAUCCUGAAGAAGUACAGCAUCCCCUUUGAUCGGAUCACUCAGGAAGCGGGUGAGUUCAUGAUCACAUUCCCGUACGGGUACCAUGCUGGUUUCAACCACGGCUUCAACUGCGCAGAGUCCACCAACUUCGCCACACUGCGCUGGGUCGACUACGGCAAGAUGGCCACACAGUGCUCGUGUCGUAAGGACAUGGUGAAGAUCUCUAUGGACGUUUUUGUCCGCUGCCUGCAGCCUGACCGCUAUGACCUGUGGAAGCAGGGCAAGGACACAGCGCCACUGGACCACCUGAAGCCCACUGAACUUACCAGCCCUGAGCUGGAGCACUGGAGGAAGAACCGGGUCACCUUCAGAGAGAAGAUGCUUCGCAGAACUCAGCAGAAAGUGAAGCAGCUGCGUAGGCUGAAGCUGGAGGAGCUGAAGCUGCUGGCUGAUGAGGGCAUUGAGCUGGACGUGGCUGAUUAUCAGCAGCGUGUGGAGGAGAAGGAGGCUCUGAGGAGGCAGCAGAAGGAGGAGAAGAUGGCCAGGGAGGCACUGGAGACCUUGGAGGCUCUGGAGAGAGAGGAGCAGGAGGCAGCCCUACGUGAAGAAGACAACGAAGUAAAGAAAGAAGAAGGAGAGGCUAAAGAAGGAGACCAGGAAGGACAGAACGGAGAAAAGAAGAAGAAGAAAAAGAAGAAGAAGAAGCUGGCACUGCCUGAACAGGGCGGCUUCCAGCAGGCGUUUGAGCAGUUUACCUCAUCCAGGGUUGCAGAUGGUCAGAAUAAUGGAAACACAGUCACUGAUCCAGGCCUACAGUCCAACUCCUUCCAGAAAAUGAAGAUGGCCGUGGAGGUGAAGAAGAGUCGCAGACAUCCUUUCAGCAAGCCACCCACACACACCCCACUCUUCAUUGUUAAACAGGAGGCUUCCAGCGAUGAGGAGCUAUACUCAGGGCUGCCAGAGGGGGGCGAUGUGGGGCAGGAGGCCAAGAAACCAGAGGAGGGUCUCCUGUGGCAGAACCGCUCACCCAACUUCCUGGCGGAGAAGCAGUUCAAUGCUGCCAUGGCGACCAUUGAGCCUCACUGUGCCGUCUGUAUGCUCUUCUGUCCAUACUCACAGCCUCAUAAGGAACCCCCUGCCGUGGCCAAGUCUCUGUGCGGAACUCGAACCCGGCCGCUGGUUCCUGAGAUGUGCUUUAGCGCCGGAGCAGAGAAUACAGAGCCUCUGCCCUCCAGUGCCCGCAUCGGAGAGGACGGCACCAGUGUCCUGCUGGCCUGCACCAGCUGCAACCUGCAAGUUCACGCUAGUUGCUAUGGCGUCAAGCCAGACACUAAGCAGGAGGGUUGGAUGUGUUCUCGGUGUAGUGCAGUGGCCUGGACAGCGGCUUGCUGUUUAUGUAACCUUAGAGGAGGUGCUCUGAAGAUGACGACGGACGACAGGUGGGUGCACGUGAUCUGCGCCAUCGCAGUGGCCGAGGCUCGGUUUGUCAACUCUGUGGAGCGAGAACCUGUGGAUGUGAGCGCCAUCCCAGACACCAGGAAGAGUCUGAAGUGCAUCUACUGCCACAAGACCACAAAGCAGAACUGCGGAGCGUGUAUCCAGUGCUCGUUUGAGAACUGCUCCACCUCCUUCCACGUCACCUGCGCCCACCUGGCCGGAGUGGUAAUGAAGCCUGCUGAUUGGCCGUAUGUGGUGUCCGUUACGUGUCACAAGCACAGACAGACCUCUCUGAAGGUGAAGUCGGGCCCCCGGGAUCUCUCGCUGGGGCAGGAGGCGAUAGGCAGGAGCAGUGACGGCUGGUUUUAUCGCUGCACCAUCAUCGGACUCGCUUCUCAGACCUACUACGAGGUGAACUUUGACGACGGCUCGUACUGCGACAACAUCUUCCCCGAGAACGUGCUGAGUCAUGACUGCUUGCGCAACGGACCUCCUGAGCUGGGGGAGUUCGUGGUUGUGAACACGGUAGACGGACGAGUUCUGAACGCUUCAUUCGUCAAGGAGCAUGUCCACAAAUUUUACCAGGUGGAGUUUCAGGACGAGUCUCAGCUGAUGCUAAAGCAGACUGAGAUUCACUCUCUAAAUCAGGAGCUGCCCAAGAGAGUCAUGACUCGUUUGGCGACAAUGAACCCCCAGGAUCCUCAGGCUCAAGCCCCCGAUGGGCCUCAGGCAGCUAAACGCCCGCGGCUGCCCACGCCGCCACCUCCUCCUAUGACAGCUACAGAAUCACAGAAAGACCAGACUCCGCUCCCCGUCCGCCCACCGAUCUCCACCUAUUCAGGCCUCAGUGUUACUCACAGCAACAGCACCAGCACUUCUGCUCCACCCACCCCCAUGGCCACGCCUGGAGCUCCUGCCCUCCAAGCCCCUCAGGCUCAGACUGGGGAGAGCUUCUCACACAGCUCCAGCUAUAUCGCCUACAUGGAGUCUCUCCUUAACUCGGACUUUCCCCCCGAAGAUCGCGGACCGGAGCCGAUGUAUUAAAAUUACGUUAAGGCCCAAAUUCUAAAGCUAGACCUGCUAGCAGUUCCUCUGCUUAUAAAGACUUUGAGGACGUCCCAUUACUGCAUGUAUUCUCUUUCUCUAGCUGUCCUUCUUUUCAUUGCUAUUUUACUCCUCCCAGCCAUCAUGAAUAUAAACGCACAGCCAGCAGAGGAGUGUGUUUUACAAACGUAUUAUCUCAGUUAGCUGAUUAGAGAGCAUGGCCACUCACUUGAGUAGCAUACUACUAGCAUUAAAUUACUAUUUACUUUUUUUUUGGGGUGGGGGGAUUGUAAUGGCUUAAAAUAAAAGCAAAACACUAUAGUCUAUCAGUAAUGUGACUGUGAAACAUCAUCCUGUGUUAUUCUAACCAGGUAAUGGUACUUUUUUUUAAUAGAAAUUCUGAUUGAGCUUUAAUUUAAUAGUAAUAUACAAGUUAAGAGCUUCAGUAAUUUCCCCAACAGAAAGAGCCACCUUAAUGCUCAAUUUGUACUUCUGUAAAAGGAGUACAAACCUUAAAAAAGGGGUUUAAACUUACCUUGGCAUGAAUGCUAAGCAGUACAUCCACUGGUUCAGAGUCAAACGUUUCCAAAAACAACAAAAAAAAAAACUGGAGGUUAUAAUGUAUAUCCUGCAAAGAAAAGAAAGAAAGAGGCUGUAGAGUAAAGGUUUGUACAAGCGAUGUAAACGUU